UGCAAUGAGAUCUGGCGCCCCCUUCUGUGUCCAUAAUAAAUACAUAACUCUUUAAAGAGAAAAGCUAACAGUCUUCGGAGACUCGGGGCAGGUAGGAAACGGGCUAAGGGUGUGGCGAUGAGUCCCAGCAGCUCACUCACUACUCAAGCCUCCCGCGGUGCGGCUCGGGGCGGGGGCGUGGCACCGAGAACGGAGCGGCGGGGCUCGCAUCCCCCGCACCGCCCCCUUCACCGUGCACCCCGCGGCCCCUGCCGGCCGGCCGGCUCCCCUCCUGCGGCUCCCGACCCCACCGGGGUCCCCUCCUCCCGCCCCGCGCCGCCGGCUCCCGUUCCCCGCCUCGGCGACGCCCAGCCCGCGUCCGGACCCUGGGAGCCGGCGGGGCGCUCGAGGCCUCGAGCCGCCCUCGCCUCCCGACGCAGGACGGCGUCACCAGGCCCGAACGCCCGCCGGGUGAGGCCGAAGGUACCUGCCUGCGCUGAGCGGCGAAGGGCGAGCGGCCCGCCAAGCAGCCUCCGCGUCAGCCGAGCUGCCUCAGGCGGUUACGCGCCGGUCGCCCGCAGGCCGAGACACCCGCUCUGCCCGCCGCCAGCCGCCCGGCCCGGAGCGUGCGGCAAGCCGGAGCCAAUGGGAACGCGGGAACGGCAGGGGGCGGGGCCGGCGGGGCGCUGGAGCCAAUGGGAGCGCGGGAACGGCCAGAGGGCGGGGCUGGGCGCCGUGGCCCCGCCCCCGCCCCGCCCCUUCCCCGAGUCUUCUGCCGUUAUUCUGCUCCUGCUCCCCGGACCUCCCCGGCGGGGAUCGCGCUUUCCCGCGAACGUGUCGGUGUGGAACCGUUAAGGUGGCCCCGACGGGACGAGGAGUCGGUGCUGCCCAGCAGGCCCGGGGCGGCCCGCCGUCCUCCCGUAGCAUGCAACCCCUCGCCACUCUGCACGCGCCUGGCUCCCGGGAGCUCCUGAGAGAACGCGGCCGCCCCAGCCCCGCGUGUGCACAAGUGUGUAAAAGGAGGAAGGGCCCGCCUAAGCUAGUUCCAAAGGUGUGAUUAAAGUGGCUUUUCGUGAGCAGAGGGUAGUGUGCUCCGGUUCACAGCUAAAGCCGCCUCUUCAUCAUCCGGUGCCUCCUUGGGAGGUCUGGGAUGCAGCAGGUGCUAAAUAAAUGCUUGCCUGCCCCCAUCCCUCUAAAGUAGAAGCUGCUUUUUGGUUUUUUGUUUUGUUUUGUUUUUCUGUCGACACACCGCAUCCGUCUUUCCAUGCUGUUAGUCUUUCAUGUCUUACUGCCUGCACAUUCCAGAAAAGGAUCAUGUUUAAAUCAUUAGGAUGGUUGAUGCUGCUUCUAUAUUUUUCUGGUACAAUUACAGCAUUUAAGAGCAACUUAGCCUUGCCUGUUUGAGGUCCUUCCCAGCAAAUGAGUUUCUCGCUCAGCAACUCGGAACGUCGAAAGCAGCUUACACUUCAACACACUAAAAGUGACAAGUUGCAUGUAUGAACAUGGGUGUGGAGCUAAUUACUGGAGCAGGGGCAACUGAGCACUGGAGUGGGUAGCCAUGCCAGCCUUGGCCUGGAAGUUCCAACCCCCAUUGAGGCUUUGGUAAU